CAAUUUUAUCACAACAUUUUCUACUCAUGCUCCAUAUAUUUCCAAAUCACGGUCCUCUCUCCACCAUUUUUGGGCUGUCAUCUCAUUUUCCUCCCUCCACGUCUAUAUCUUCACCUCGCCACACACACACGCACACUAUAUAUACAGAUAUGGAUUUUCCAUUUCCAAUUUUCCAUCUAUUUUCCGCGCUUCCCGCGUUUUCCUCUCCACGUCCAACCACCAAAACCUAUGCCGAUGGUGCUAACAAAGUCAGAUUGCGAGCUCCAUUGCACGUGUUGAUGCAAUGGAUUUGAACAAUUUCGCUCAUUCUCCAUGAACCAAAACAUUCUCGGACGAUCCCAGCUCAUGAUUGAUUGUUCAAUCAUUAGGGUCAGUUUUUGUUUGCAUACGCAGAAUCUGGGCUGACCUGCGUAGAUGAAUAACAAGCCGUCGAGCAAAAACUGAGCCGAGCGAAAUGGAUUCGGCUUCUGCCCAAACUUCCAAAACCUCAGCUUCAAACGCAUCCAAUAACAACAACAAGCUGAAGAAAUCCAAUCUCCUCGCGAAAAGAAGCUCCAAUCUCGGCCACAUUUCGCCACCAUGCGAACCCAUAACCGUGGACCCCACCAGAAACCACAAAUCCCAUAGCGAAUUCCGAAAAAACGAGCCCACAAUCAUCCCAUGCCCUCUCCCCACGCCCAGAACACUCACGAACCACGAUUAUUACCUCACGAGCAGCAGCACAUCGCGAACCGUGUAUUCUGCAAUCUCGCCCGGCCUAAGAACACCGAGCAGCGGCCAGUCGAGCCCCAACAACAACAGCAGCCGAACGAGUGGAAUCAGCUCACGAAGCGACAGCCUGGACAGCACAGGUGGCGGGACCCUCAAGCCCCACACAGGCGGUGACUUCAGGUGGGAUGCCAUCAUAACUUGUGCCUCUUCGAAAGAUUCUCCGUUAGGCCUCAGCAAUUUUCGCCUCCUGAAGAGGCUCGGUUAUGGAGAUAUUGGGUGUGUUUAUCUUGUUGAGCUCAGGGGAGCUAAUGCCUUCUUUGCGAUGAAGGUUAUGGAUAAAGGAUCGCUUGCGAGUAGAAAUAAGCUGCUUAGAGCUCAGACGGAAAGGGAGAUUCUUGGUCUUCUUGAUCAUCCUUUUCUGCCCACGUUGUAUUCUUAUUUCGAGACGGAUAAGUUUUAUUGUUUGGUUAUGGAGUAUUGCAGUGGAGGGAACUUGCAUGCUCUGAGGCAAAAGCAGCCAAAUAAGCACUUUACGGAGGAAGCUGCUAGAUUUUACGCAUCAGAGAUCUUGCUGGCACUCGAGUACCUCCACAUGCUCGGAAUUGUAUACCGCGACUUGAAGCCCGAGAAUGUCCUUAUACGCGAAGAGGGUCACAUAAUGCUGUCCGAUUUCGACCUCUCCCUCCGUUGUUCGGUCAGCCCAACGCUCGUCAAAUCCUCAUCCGUCCACAACGUAAACGGGACAGGUGGCGGCCUCCUAUCGGACGAUGACAGUGCACUGCGCGGGUGCAUGCAGCCAACAGGCUUUCUCCCUCUCCUCCUCUCCACCAAAAAGAACCGAAAGUCCAAAUCUGUAUCGGGCCUCGGGCCCAACUCCUUACCCGAGCUCAUGGCGGAGCCCACGGAUGUUCGGUCCAUGUCGUUCGUUGGGACCCAUGAGUACCUUGCCCCUGAGAUCAUCCGUGGUGAGGGUCAUGGGAGUGCGGUGGACUGGUGGACGUUUGGGGUUUUCUUGUACGAGCUCUUGCUCGGGACGACGCCUUUCAAGGGGUUGGGAAAUCGGGCCACGCUUUGUAACGUCGUCGGCCAACCGUUGAAGUUUCCGGAAAGUCCACAUGUGAGUCCCAAUGCAAGAGACCUUAUCAAGGGGCUCCUGGUGAAGGAGCCUCACAAGAGGAUCGCGUACAAAAGGGGAGCAACCGAGAUCAAGCAGCACCCGUUUUUCGAGGGCGUGAAUUGGGCUCUCGUGAGGUGCGCGGCCCCACCUCAUGUGCCGGAGCCCGUGGAUUUUGGUCAGUACACGAGCAAAGACUCGAGUUGUGGUCCGGAUAGGAAGGUUGCUGAUGUGUCGGGUGAAGGGAACAAAAGCAACUCGACAGAUGCUGCUUAUGUUGAGUUUGAGUACUUUUAGGAUUGGAAAAACUCUUGAUUUUUUUAUGUGUAUUUUGUACGUCUUUUGUUCAUCAGAUCAAAUUUGUUAAUUUGAGGCUGUGCCACUGCUGGGAGUAAUAGGAAAUAUAGACGUUCAAUCUUUUUACAAUUGGG